AUGAGCAGGUCACCUUCCAUCGGAGCGGAGGAGAGAAAUCUUGGCACCCCUACACGCCAUUCCAGAUGUCGAACCGGGACUCCAACGACUGGACGCGCAUGCGCAAAGGAGGUUGGUGGUUGCGGAGGGGCCCACGUUUCGAUGCAAUGCGCUACUGGCAUCAGUUCUCGGACUUU